AUGAGAUUUGGGCUCCUUCGAAUCUCUCAAAAUUUGAGGCAAUUUGUAAAUUUUAAUGGCGAAAGCUCAAACUACCUAGAAUACUUGUAUUAUGUUUAUCGCACCGAUCCGAAUCAUCUGCAAAAAUCAUGGCAAAAUUAUUUUUCAUUCUUAGAACAGGGUAAAAAUUACCCCGUUCACCAUUUUGAUAGAAAUGUAAUAUUUAAAAAUAUUCCUUUGUUUAGCAACCAAGCCACUAGUCAAGCAUCUGAACUUAUUUCAAAGGUUGCCGAAGGUGUAACUGGCCCCGAAGUGCUGAAGCUAAACGAAUUGGCUAGUGCUUAUAGGACAUAUGGGCACCUAGUAUCAACAGUGGAUCCACUGAAUUUGCCAAAAAGAAUACCCUUCUUCAGGGUCGUGGAGGGCAUGGAAGAAAGACUUAAUAUAAAAAACUAUAAACUGACACCAGAAGAACUGGCGAAAACAGUGCCGAACCUGGGCCUGGGAGGAAUAUUCAACACUCAGGGGACCGUGCAGUCGCAGAUCGACAAGUUGAGGGAGCGGUACUGCGGAAACAUAUCCUUUGAGUUCGGGCACAUAUCGAACUCGCAAGCGGUCGCAUUUUUGAUAGACCAGAUAGAAAGCGACAACUUCCUGAACCUGUCAAAAGAGGAGAGUCUGGGCUGCUUUAAGUCUAUAUGCAGAGCAGUCAAGUUUGAGCAGUUUUGCGCAAAGGCGUUUCCUACCCUGAAGAGGUUCGGAAUGGACGGAAUGGAGUCACUGCUGGUGUUGCUGGAGUCGAUAGAGAAGUCGUCCAGGGAGUUCGGAGCGAACUCGAUUCUGAUGACAAUGUCGCACCGCGGAAGAUUGGGAGUGCUUUCUAACUUUUUGAAUAAACCCCUGGAAGAAUCGUUUGCAGAGUUUAGGGGCGCUAACUGGUUCGUCGAUUCGAACUUUAGAAGCGGAGACGUCAAGUAUCACAACGGAUACACGUGCGUCAAAGAUGGGCUGGACAUACAGAUGAUAUCGAACUCGAGUCACCUGCAAUUCUCACACCCAGUUUUAACGGGGCUGGUCAAGGCAAAGCAGCACUUUGAAAAUGACGCGAAGAAGGACAAGACGGUCCCAAUUGCCAUACACGGCAACUCAGCAAUCUCAGGCCAGGGCAUGCCGUACGAGGUGGUACAGAUGUCGAAGAUCAAGGGAUUCACAGUUGGAGGCACAAUCAACAUAGUUGUGAAUAAUCAGAUUGGAUUCACUGCGAGUCCCAUGGAGGCAUCGUCGUCAAGAUAUCCGACAGAUGUGGCAAAGGUAGUUGAGGCGCCAGUUAUACACGUCAACGCGUACUCAAUUGAAGGAGUAGUCUUCGCAGGAAGGCUGGCCUGCCUGUACAGGCAGAAGUUCCACACAGACGUGUUCAUCAACUUGGUCGGAUUCAGACGCUUCGGACACAAUGAGCUGGACAUGCCGAAGUUCACGAACGCAGAAAUGUACAACAAGGUCGACCAGGUGCCAAAUCUGAUGGUGUACUACAAGAAGUACCUUAACACGAAGAUGGGCAUAGACAUGGAGGAGCUCGACAAAAUAGAAAACGCGACUGGCUCGGACUUCCAGAAGUCGCUGGACCUCUCGAAGUCGAUAGAGCGCAUCAAGGAGCCGAUACAAAACGAAAACUGGAGGGACAUCCUGACCCUGAUCGAAGGCUUCUACGUCGACAACUCGCUACACAACAGAGUGAUGCAGAGGAUUGAAGCAAGCAAGAAGGGCGCCCAGGCCUCUUCGGCCGUUGCCGACAACGGGAACCAGCUCACGCUUAACCCCCAGGUGCUGAGAACGGGGCUUGACCACGACCUGUUGCUCAAGCUCGGCCUGAAAUGCACGACGAUUCCGGAGGAGAUUAAGCUGCACAACAGCAUUAAGAAGAUAUUCGACCAGAGGCUCCAGGCGCUGAACAGCGGGACGGGCAUCGACACGGCGAUCUCGGAGGUGCUGGCAUUCUCGUCGCUCUCGCACGACGGAUUCCACGUCAGGCUCUCAGGUCAGGAGAGCAAGAGGGGCACGUUCUCGCACAGGCACGCGCAGGUGCAGUGCCAGGACACGUUUAAGUACUACAACGUCUUCGAGGGCAUGGACGUCAGGAUCCUCAACUCGUACCUCAGCGAGUUGGCGGCGGUGGGCUUCGAGUACGGGUACAGCCUGUACUCGCCGAAGACGCUGAACAUUUGGGAGGCGCAGUUCGGCGACUUCGUCAACGGAGCGCAAGUGAUAAUAGACGCGUUUAUCACCUCCGCGGAAACGAAGUGGAACUACUUUUCAGGUGUUGUGAUGUUUUUGCCACACGGUUACGACGGACAGGGACCAGACCACUCAUCGUGCAGAGUCGAACGCUUUCUGCAGUCGAGCAACGACAGUGAAGACCUGAGCGACAACCUCGGGCUCGGAGAGGACUACGCGAAACUGGUGAACAUCUCAGUGGUCAACUGCUCAGUCGCAAGUAACCUGUUCCAUGUGCUCAGGAGACAGAUGCACAGGCCGUACAGAAAGCCGCUGAUAUGCGUGACCGGCAAAAAGCUGCUCAAGUUGAGAGGCGCAUUCAGCAACCUGAGCGAGUUUGAAACGGGCACCUUCUUCCAGAGGUACAUACCGGACCCGCUGUUCAACCCGAACAUCAUGGAGCACCUGUACAAGGGCGCGCCAGGUGCCGGCAAGGCCGGUGGCAGCAGCAAGGCGGAUGUCAAGCAGCUGGACAAGGUGCACAAGGUGAUACUGUGCAGCGGACAGAUAUACUACGACCUGCUGGAGUUCAGAGAAAACAACAAGGAGGCGCAGAAAAACCUGGAACACGUGGCAAUAGCAAGGCUCGAGGAAAUAACGCCCUUCCCGGCGCAGUGGGUUCUGGACGACCUGAGGCUGUACAGGAACCUGAAGACGGUGGUUUGGUGCCAGGAGGAGCACGAAAACGGGGGAUGCUACUACUUCGUGAGGGAGCGCCUCAACGGCCUGCUGAAAAUACUGAGGGACGACUACGGCAGCAAGGUGGAUGCCGCUGUAAAGUAUGCCGGGAGGUUGCCGUGCGCGACCACUGCAGUUGGCGACCCCAAGACUCACAACGAAGAGCACGCCUUGGUGCAAGGGGCGUUUUACCUUUAG